AUGCCUUCGCAUGUUACCUCUUCUUAAGCUACAUCUAAUACAGCUAAAAAGAAUUUCGUUCUUAAAUAUGAUCCUGAAAACAAUAAAAACAAUAUUUUUGCAAGAAAGCUUAACAAAGAAAUGCCCAAGCAAAACGAGUUCUUUUCUGAGAAUCCGCUGACUAAAAUAAUGUAACCAACAGAUGUCACAAAGUCUAAAAGAUUUGUGAGGGAUAAACUUAAUAUCAGCGAUAUUCCGGGAGCUUAAUCAGAUGUUUAUAGAAAAUAUAGGAAUAUUGAGGGUAGAGAAUAUAUAAACUCAAAUGACAUAGCUGGGGCUCAACCUGCAUAGCUAAAGUAGAAUAAACCUAUGACUGGGCCAGAUUAUAAACUUUAUACAAAGGACAUCAAUCCAGAUAAGUGGCAAACUAAAAGAAUGGUUGAUCCACUUAAGCCUGAGUAUGAUGUUCCUACAAAGUCUGGUAGAUUAAUGAGAAUUGGCUAGAUUGAAAAGAGUGCACCUAAAGUCACAAUAUCUCCUCAAACUAAGAGACUAGCUAAUUAUGUUGGGGACAUUGAAGGCUCCCGUCCAAAAUAGUUUCAUUCUAUUAAUGAUGAGUAGAGAGCUAACUAAGGUUAAAGUUCAAAAUCUUCAGACUUCUAAAUUAAGCCUUAUUAGUUGACAAGAAAUAAAGAUGAAAUUCAUAACAAAGACUUAAAAAUUCAUGUUUAAGAUUAAUACAGCUAUCUACCCUAACAAAAUGAAAAAGUAGGUCCCCCUCCUAAUAGUCAUUAUGCAAGAUUUCAAACUUAUUAAACAGGCUAAAAUCCUAAUUAAAGCAAUCCAAUUUUCGAAAAUAACUAAAAGCACUCUACCAUUUUAAACGAGCAAUCUCCUAUAAUCACUAAAUCAGCUUACAGAUAGAAGUAUAAUAGUCAAGUUGAGCCAGGAGAGAACGUAUAUACUCUCAACAAGACCUAUGAACCUCCAAGCUCUCUACAGCAAAUAAGUCUUAAUUAAAGAUUAUAGGAUAGAGUCUUUUCAAAAAGAUAAUCAGUGAAUACCUAUGAUCUACUUUAACCUCAGGGUAUUUAGCCAAAUGUAAAUAGUAGUUCUACUUAAGAAAUAAAUAAAAUUUACUUUAAUAGCAUGUAGGGAUCUUCAACACCUAAGUUCCAUCAAUCCUCAGACAACCUUCAUCAGCCUAUGAUUUCAGAGUCUCCAUAAAUUUAAGAAAGAUUAUGGAGUAAAGGCAAAUACAUAGGUCAAGAAGUAGAUAAUCAAAAUAGUAGAAUAAAUUCCUAAAAUGGAAGAAUAUCUAGCAUUGAGAGAAGUAUCAAUAUGAAAAAAAAUUUCAAUGAAAACCUUUUUCAAAAAGGAAUUCUUAUAAAUAGUGCUCAAAGAUCUUUCAUAAAUAAUGGGCAAAAUCCAUAGAUUAAUCCUUUAAAUAAUGAAGUCACAAAUGUCUCAGCUGAUCAUAGUCUUAUGAAAAGACCUAUACCUAUGAGUAGAGAUCAAAGAUUAGCGCUUAAGAAUCCUAAUAAUAGCUUUAAUCCAGUAACUUCUCAGACUAAUAACUAUGGGUAGUUAAGUCCUUAUCAAAAUAGUGGUUUGUAGGCUUCGAAUAGAAGUGGAAUGGUCAGCAAAAAUCUGCUCCCUCCAACUACCUCUAAAACUUAUGGGAACUUCUUAGAUAAUAAGUAGAUAGAUUAGAUGAUUACUUAGCUUAAGCAGCAAAACAUGAAUCCCAUAAUAUGA